AUGAGCAAAAAGACGCCGACAAAAACGAAGAAAGCGCCGCUGUCGACAGCGCUCAAGUUCGACCCAAUCAUCGAGGACGACGAUGAUGAUAACGUCUUCCUGGAAUUCGGCAUGACGCCGCCCUCAAAGGAGAAGCCGGUUGGCUCCCGGCUGCGACCGCCCCCGAUGAAGAAGCCAUCGAUGUUUGAGGAGGGUGACCCGAUUCCGUCAAAAGUGCGAAAACGGGCCAGCGAUGACGAGGAUUUUAUCAUCAGCUCUAAACCGAAGCCACCGCCAUCAGCACAGGGGUGUCCGAUCUGCCGGAAGGACCUGAAGCACCUGAACGACCUGCGGCGUGUUCACCACAUCAACAAAUGUCUUGAUGACGAGGAGGCGAAAGCCAAUUUCACGAAGGCGAAGGAAAAGCACGCGUCAACGUUCGACUGCCCGUUGUGUCGGAAGCCUUUGCAAGAAGGGCCGUUUCGGAUCACUCACCUCAAACAGUGCGCCAAAGAACACUCGAUCCCGGCGUCCACUGCGGUAAAGCUGGUCGAUGCCCAAAAGAAAGUGGCUGACGUCAGAAAGGAAAACAAUUUGACCCAUACACGGGCAAAGGCGCCGGUCAAGAAGGAGGUGAAAUCGAAGCCGUUGACCGGGGCACCACGCAGUUUGGAUGAUGAACAACUACAACUUGCAAAAGCUCUAUCAGCCAGCACGAGCAGGAGUGACGAGAAAGAAAAUAAUGAAGAAGCCGAAUUCGCCCCGGUCCCUUCCACCUCCAAUGCUCCGCAAUUCACGAUCGUGUCCGAAAUAUCGAGAAGGUGCCGAAAACGGCGAAGUUACGAUGUGAUCGCCUUCACGCCGGAGAGCUGCGCCUGUAAGCAAACGUUCGAGGUGUGCGCCCGGUUCGUCGAGCUCUUCAAAGUGAGAACGGUGAAGCAGCGGACGAUAUCCGAGCCCUUUCAUUCACUCGAGCAACAGGAAGUCACAAGAAAGCAUGGCGAGCACAUUGACAAGCUAUACCGAAAAGCGGAGCGUUUACAACAGCUAUCGGCGGAUUUUGGCGGGUUAGCCGACGCCACCGACCCGCUCGCGGUGAUGCCGGUCAAGCUUGUGAGCAAAGGAGGCGGGUUUCUGUUCGUGAUACGCGAGAUUCUGAAGCGACGGACGACAAUAUUGAGCGGAAAACCGCCGGAUUGUCAGGAGAUUGACGUCGAUCUACCGCUCGAAAUCCUGCGCGAAUGGGUCCGCUAUAUUUACUCGGCCAAGGUUGAAUGGAACCCGGCGCAGAAUGAGCAAAUCGAGAAGAUUGCACAGUUGUACGGACCGAACGAAUUGCGGGCGAUUUGUCGGGACUUGACGCGGUGGAAACGGGUCGAAGUGUGCCCGAGGCCGGCUGAGGAAGCCGUGGCAGAUAAAGCGGAUGCGGAUAGCGGCACUCGACGGGCUUCUCACGUGAGCUGCUUCUUCUGCGAGCUGACAACCAUGUCUAGCGACUGGAAAAAGAUUCGCCAAUGCGAUCCGUCCGAGGUUCGUCACUUUCUCUGCUACUUUUGCGGCGUGAUGCACUAUUCGUUGGAUGAUUACCAGAAGCAUCUUCUCGAUCAUCAAUGGGCUUCGCUGGCCAUUCAGCUGUAUGAGGCCGAGGUGGAGAAAGAGAAAAACAUCCAAGCCGAGAAGCGCCGCGCCUCGAAGCCUGCGACGCCGGUCCCGCCGGCCAAUACAAAAGCAGCUCCUCGCGCCGCCGCGACUGCAACCGGUUCUAGGCGCCCGUCCGGCGCAGGUGCACUCAAAAGAAAAGCACCCCCUCUCUCGACACCGACCACCGAGAAGUGCAUGAAGUUCAGCGCCGACCAGAUUAGCGAGCUGUUCGGCCCGCCGCUCAGCCCUGACUCGCCAUCUAGCGCGGCCGACACCCCGCCACAAAACGUCCCGAAGUCGCCGAGUCGCACUGAAUUGCCAUCCCAGCCGUCUCAAAAUAUUAAGGAAAUCACUACUCCGGGCACUUCGCAAGUUCCACCGUUGCCAGGAGUUGAGCUGCCGCUCAUGAAAUCUGAAGCCGCCUCGUCGGGAACCGAGGCGUCCGCCGGCACCUUGCCCUCGAUUGCCGUCAAGGAUGAAGUCAAGAGUGCCUCCGCUAUCUCCAGCGCCUCCACCAACCCGAAAAUCAGCACUGACUCCGCUUCGAAGAUUCGAGGCGGAAGCGGAGAGCCGGCGCCGUCGCAGACACUCGAGUGCAGCCUCUGCAAGGCCCACUUUAGCGACGACGUCAAGCUGCUCCUACACCGCGUCAACGUGCACCGGGCCGACAUCGAACGCGUCGGUCUCUACAUGUAUGGUGGCGUGAAAUUGAUCCACGGCCGCGACCUGUCAAUGCCGGAGGCGGCCAAAUGCAAAAAGUGCAAGAUUGAGUUCAACGACCUGACGGGCUACUUCACGCACGAGCUGUCGAACCACUCGGACGGCUUCUUCGUGGACGUGCGCGUGAACCGUGUGGUGGUGGCGUAUCGAUACUUGGUGCGGACCGACACCCUGGAGGACAGCUACGAGAUCUCUGCUCCAAGGCGCCAGCACUCGCCGAAUACCGACGGCAAGGCGGUCGCCACCGAA